AGUAUCGCUCAAAAAUGUCAGUCGUCAGUCUUUAUGUUAGGUUAAGUCGAUUUUUAAAUAGCGAGCUGGAUUAUCUAUAAAAAGAUUGAAUUUUCCAGCUAGAAAACUGACCAAUAUGAGUUUACUAUCUUUUAUAGAUAAGUUAGACGAUCAAUGUAUUAGAUAUGUAAUAAUUCUUUUAUUAUGGGCAGAUUAUAUCUGGGAAACUUAUUUAUCCAUUCGACAGUUUGGUGUAGCCAAGUCGACAGUGCAAAUCCCACAUCAACUAAAAGAUGUGAUGAAAAACGACGAAUAUGAAAAAGCUAGGAACUACAGCAUAGCCAAACUUAAAUUUGGUUUUGUGAAACAAUUCCAUUCAAUCAUUAUUAACACUGUAGUAAUACAUCAGGGAAUUCUGGCUGAAAUUUGGCGGUUUACCGAAGGAAUCAAUCCAUUUAUGGAUGAAGUGUCAACCAGUUGCAUUUGGCUAGUUCUUUUGCAACUAAUGACCACAUUGUUAGAUUUGCCAUUUACUAUCUAUUACAAUUUCGUAUUAGAAGAGGCAUUUGGGUUCAACAAGCAAACAGCUGGAUUCUUUGUUUGGGACAAGAUCAAGCAAUUUUUGGUCCUUCAAAUAAUCACUACAAUGGUGGCAUCGAUUGUGAUUGUGGUAGUUAAAAAUGGUGGAGAUUUCUUCUUCAUAUAUCUCUGGGCGAUAGUUGGAGUUCUCACUCUUGUCUUGUUAACAAUAUAUCCUGCAGUUAUUGCUCCGUUGUUUGAUAAAUACAAUCGACUUGCUGAGGGCGAAUUAAAAUCAGACAUUGAAGCAUUAGCAGCCAGUCUUAAGUUUCCAUUGACAGACUUGUAUGUGGUUGAGGGCUCAAAAAGAUCGUCUCACAGUAAUGCAUAUUUCUAUGGCUUAUUUAAAUCAAAGCGGAUUGUUCUUUUUGAUACCCUUCUCGCUAAAGAUGAUGGGAGUGGUUGCGACAACGAUGAAAUUUUGGCCGUGUUAUCCCAUGAGCUUGGCCAUUGGAGUAGAAAUCAUAACAUUAAAAACUUAGUCAUUGGUCAAGUAAACUUAUUUCUUCUUUUCACUGUUUUUGGUGUAACUUUCAAAUAUCCAAAGUUAUACACCGCUUUAGGUUUUUACAGAAGUAAGCCAGUGCUUGUUGGUCUUUUUGUUGUUUUGCAGUACGUAAUGAUGCCCUACAACACAGUUUUAUCAUUCCUAAUGACUGUAUUGUCUCGAAAAUUUGAAUUUGAAGCUGACGACUUUGCUGUUCAACAAAAUAAAGGUGUUGCAUUAGAGAGAUCGCUGCUUAAGCUUAACAAAGAUAAUUCCGGGUUUCCUGUCCACGAUUGGCUGUAUUCUGUUUGGCACUUUUCUCAUCCUCCUUUACUACAGCGUAUUGAAGCUCUGAGGGAAAGUGUUAAGAAAUUCGAGUCCAAAGAAAAGUGAGUCAUCACAUCCACGAAAAGCACAAUAAUAUCUGUGGUUGAUUCUUGCAUUUGUAGUCGUAAAUAAAAAAAAAUUAAGUUAACUAAUGUUUCAUUCUACACAUGUGAAUUACACUGGUGUAAUUAAUAAGUAGGUGUAAUUUUUUUUCGAAUGAAACAUCCGUAUUAGCGAAGAAAUAAUGUUUUUUUCGGUAACUUCAAUCAGAAACUUUCAAGAAUUGAAACUGAUGAUUUUUUUAUUAGUGUAAGGUAAGCUUGUUUGUGUAAAAUAAAUCAUGAAAUUAA